AUGACAACAAGAAUAGCAGUUUUAGGAGGAGGUAUCUCUGGACUCUCUGCAGCAUUCUACCUUUCUCGACUGGUUCCAGAAACAACAAAGAUUGUCUUGAUUGAAGGCAGCGAUCGCGCUGGUGGAUGGAUUCGUAGUCAAAGAGUAUCGCCGGGAACUUACCUCUCAACUCCAAAUGACAACACUCCCCAAAAUCCAGAAGAUGUUCUUUUGGAAGUUGGUCCACGAAGUCUUCGGCCAGUAGGACCUGGUGGAACUAUUGUUCUUGACAUGAUUAGUCAAUUGAAUCUUCAACCAGAGGUCAUGAGUGUUCCAAAAACAGAUCCGUCGGCAAAGAAUCGUUACAUCUACUACGAUGAUCAGAUCAACACCUUACCUUCUUCGUUGCCUUCUCUCUUGUUCAAACCUUCUCCCCCGGUUUUCAAAUCCGUCAUUCAGUCUAUCGUCAAUGAAUUCCAUGCACCACCUGGAUCUGCGGACUGGGCCCACGACGUCGAUGCAGACGAGUCGUUGUAUUCGUUUGUCGAGCGCCGGUUCAACAGACACGUUGCCCUGAAUCUGGUGGGUGCAAUUACGCACGGUGUUUAUGCAGGGGACGCCAAGAAUCUGUCAGUCAAAUCGACCUUUCGAGUUCUCUGCGAAAACGAAAAGGUCCAUGGUAGUGUAGUCAAGGGCAUGAUUAAAGGUGGCGUGGAUCUCCAGACUGCCAAUGACAAGAAGAUGGUCAGGGAAUGUCUCGAGAAUCCCGGCAGCACUGAACAACAAAAGACUUGGAUUCAAGACAUGGCCGGUCAGAGUGUGAUUGGGUUCAAGAAUGGCACCGAGACCCUGACGAAGUCAUUGAGAGAUUGGCUAGUUAACCAGCCGAAUGUUGAAUUGGUGACCGGAGAACAAGUCAGCUCGGUUGAACUGACGUCUUCGAACAAUGAGUGCAAGGUAACGACUACCAAGGGAACACACUUUGCAGAUCAUGUAAUUUCUACCUUGCCUGCAAAUGUAUUGGACAAGGUAUUGGCCAAGACUCCACUAAUGCAUCUUAAAGAGACGCCUGGAGUGGAUGUUGGAGUAGUGAAUCUGGUGUACGAUCCAUAUACAGUCCAACUGCCGUAUGAUGGCUUUGGAUUCCUGACUCCACACCCAGAUUCAGACUACAAACUUCCUGUGCCUGGUACACUUGGGGUUGUGUUUGAUUCGAAUGCGAUGCGUGGUCAAGAUCAAAAACAAAACCAGGCAAACUCUGUUGGCGGAGGGGAAGAUCCUGUCAAGAUGACUGUGAUGAUUGGCGGGCACCAGUGGCAGAAGACGUUUGGCGGCCGGUCAGUCGGGCAAGUCAGUCCUGAUGAGGUACUGGAAUAUGCUCAAAAGGGAGUUCAGACCUACCUUGGGAUCGAUGCCAACCCGACCCAUAAGAUGGCCAAUGUUUUGUCGAGUUGUAUUCCUCAAUACAGGGUAGGCCACGAGGCUCGGCUCAGACAACUGGAUAGACAGACAAGUGAUCUCUACAGAGGAAGGCUUAGCUUGGCAGGAGCUAGUUACCUUGGUGUGAGUGUUCCUGAUUGUAUAAAAAAUAGCCGAGAGUUGGCUGAGAAUCUGGUGAGAUCCAGUAUAUUUGGUCACUCGAAACUUGUCACUGGUCUUGAAAGAAUCCGAGUACCUUAA